GUUUGCCAGCAGCCUGUGGUUGCGCUCACAAGUCAGAUCCAGGCUAGAGCCCUUGAGCCCAGAAGCCUACAAUGCUGCUCCCUGGAAGGCCCAGAAACUCCUGACAUUUCCCCCGGACUGGCUUGUGUCUUUUAUACAGAAGAAUGGACAAACUUAAUAAGAUAACUGUCCCUGCCAGCCAGAAGCUAAGGCAGCUUCAGAAGAUGGUCCAUGAUAUUAAGAACAACGAAGGUGGAAUAAUGAAUAAAAUCAAAAAGCUUAAAGUCAAAGCACCUCCAAGUGUUCCUCGAAGGGACUACGCUUUAGAGAGCCCUGCUGAGGACGAGGAACAGUGGUCAGAUGACUUUGACAGCGACUAUGAGAACCCAGACGAGCACUCAGACUCGGAGAUGUACGUGAUGCCCGCGGAGGAGACGGGCGACGACAGCUACGAGCCCCCUCCCGUGGAGCAGCAGAUGAGGACGGCACACCCCGCUGUGCCCUUUGCUAGGGGCGAGUACGCAGACAACAGAUCGAGCCAGCGGCAUUCUCCGCCGUUCAGCAAGACACUUCCCAGUAAGCCCAGCUGGCCUUCAGCAAAAGCAAGACUCACCUCCACUUUGCCAGUCCCCACCUCUCUGCAGAAGCCUCAAGUCCCCCCCAAACCCAGAGAUCUCCUUGAAGAUGAGGCGGACUAUGUGGUCCCUGUAGAAGAUAAUGAUGAAAACUAUAUCCAUCCCACGGAAAGUGGUCCGCAUCCAGUGGAGAAAGCGCCCAUGGUGAAUAGAUCAACCAAGCCGAAUGGCUCCUCAAAGCUGAUGCCAUCUCCAGGGACAGUUUCAGGUCGAAACAGCGGGGCCUGGGACUCCAAGUCACCUUCACCUGCUGCGCCAUCCCCACUGCCAAGGGCCGGGAAAAAAACAGCUGUACCGCUUAAGACAACUCCAGUUGUCUCUCCACAGAAUGCAUCAAAUGUCUGUGAAGAAAAGCCCAUCCCUGCUGAACGCCACCGAGGGUCUAGCCAUAGACAAGAAGCUGUGCAGUCACCAGUAUUUUCUCCUGCCCAGAAACCUAUCCAUCAAAAACCUGUUCCUCUUCCAAGAUUUCCAGAAGGGGGAAGCCCAACUUUGGAUGGACCAUCCCCUAGCUUUUCAUCUAACUCCACUUUUUCAGAUCAGGAAGCUGACCUUCACUCUAAACUCUGGUAUGCUGGUGCCUGUGACCGCAAGUCUGCUGAAGAGGCCUUGCAGAGAUCCAACAAGGAUGGAUCAUUUCUUAUUCGGAAAAGCUCUGGCCAUGAUUCCAAACAACCAUACACACUAGUUGUAUUCUUUAAUAAACGAGUAUAUAAUAUUCCUGUGCGCUUCAUUGAAGCAACAAAACAGUAUGCUUUGGGCAGGAAGAAAAAUGGUGAAGAGUACUUUGGAAGUGUUGUUGAAAUCAUCAAGAAUCAUCAACACAGUCCCCUGGUUCUUAUUGACAGUCAGAAUAACACAAAAGAUUCCACGAGACUGAAAUAUGCAGUUAAAGUUUCAUGAAGAAAACAAGACAUUUUCCUGUUUAAUUUUUCAAGAAAACUUCAUAUUCUGGACUAUGAACCAUCAGUAAUAAAACAGAAGAUGAAAGUAGCUACUGAGGGGGAUAAUCCACCACUUUACAAGAUGUUCAUAUGUCCAUAUGAACUUGCUGUAUUGCCCAACCUGAUGAAUUCUCCAAAUAAAUUUAUUUUAAAAACAUG